GUUUUUCUCUGUGUCAGCCUACAGUCUAUUUCUUGAUCAUAGUUGCUUUAGAAUAAUUAUUAAAGAUGACAACCGCCGCUCGCCCCACUUUCGACCCUGCUAGAGGAAACGACAACAAAGCACCUUCCUUCCAAUACGGUGCUCGUGAUCUCGCAUCUCAUACUAAACUAAAAUUCAGACAGCCUGGUCAAGGUACAACUGAUGAGAUCGGUAGCAGAGAAGAAUUAUUAGCAGAAUUAAGAGAAGCAGAAAGAAAAUACUUUGAAGAAAAAGAAGGAAAGGCAUCAAGCAAUCGAUUGAUUAAACAAGAUGGUGAAAAUAAUAAUAAUGAAGAAAAGCAAAAACUUCUUGCAGAAGCAGAAAGACUGGCAAAAUUGGAUAAAGAAGAUACGGAUGAAGAAAGCGAGAAUGAGUCGAGUAGUGACGACGAUGACGACGACGACGAUGAUGAUGAUGAUGAUAAUGCAGCAGAACUAUUAGCAACACUGCAACGUAUUCGUAAAGAAAGAGCAGAAGAAAAAGAACGACAGGAAAGGGAGGCUCGGGAAGAAGAGGAAGCCCGAAGACAGGAAGAGGCACUACAAGGUAACCCACUCUUACACAUUGGAGAGCAAAAACGUGACUUUAGUGUCAAAAGAAGAUGGGAUGAUGAUGUUAUAUUCAAGAAUCAAGCAAGAGGAGUGGAUGAUCAACCCAAAAAAAGAUUCAUUAACGACAUGCUUCGUUCUGAUUUUCAUAAAAAGUUUCUUCAUAAAUAUAUUCAUUAAACCAUUAUUAUUGUUGGCAUUGUAGUACCAACAUACUAUAACCGUACUGCGGCUACAAAUAAAAAAAUUUUUAUUCCUACUGCGGCC